ACACCCGAUUCGAACGUUAUCACUCGAUUGAAUGGGGCGUUAUCAGCGGUUAUCAGCCCAUAGCAAUGGGUCAGGAGGGGCCUCCUGUGCCUACUAGUAGGCUCAGAAGGCCGUGAUCAUCCAUCCAAAUGGUUGAUCACCCACAAAUAUACAAGAGAAGACUCCAGAUCCAAUCCCAGAAUUCCUGCUCACCGGUAAUCGGAAGUCUACUGGACGAAUGCGGGAACGUUGCGAUAUUUCCUGCUUAAUAUUUUCAGAUAUGGGAAAAGCACUUAAGAUGAGCACACGUUUCAGGAACGUUAAAAUUAAGUUGGUGAGGAGGUCUAUGGUGGGCCCUGCGAAGUUUUCUUACCUCAGUCAAGGUCUUCCCCAGCCCAGCUACAAUCAGAGCCACCCUUCAGACCCUUCUAUUACAUCUCAACUGACUGAACCUGAUGAUGCGACACCGAGCUGUUCUGAGAGCGCAUACAGUAAGGCAAAGAAGAGAGAGCUUCAUGCCUGGGAUGCAGUCAAGGAUGAGAUGCUUAAGGUGUCGUUUGAAUGUUCAGCACCGAUCACUACCCAGUGUGCUGUCUGCGGAGAACAUGCUGAUUAUAGGUGCAUUGAGUGCAGCUCCACUGCAGUGUUCUGUGAGGUUUGCCUGAAGAGGAUUCACAGAAAUUUACUGCAUCUUCCUGAAAAGUGGAACAGUGUUUACUAUGAGCCAUCCUCCCUGGGGUUAUUCCUAUAUUUACCUGAAGCCCAUGGCACCCAUGCUGUGUACACAAAGGACAUGAAGAUCAUUGUCAGCACAGGACGGCUCUGCACCAUUACAGUCACCAUGUGUGCGUGUGAACCAGAAACUUGUACUCUGCUGAGAUCUGGGCUCUGACCAGCAACAGCCACAAGCCCCAGACAGACAGCCUUCUCCAUCCCUCUGCUAGAGCUUUCUGUUUCUCUGUCACUGGAGUGUCAGGUUUCUGUUGAGGGUUUUUGCAACACCCCAUAUCCCAUUUUAGGCAUCACCACUUCCGACAAAGAAGUUUGGUUGAUAUUUGCCCACAAUUAAAUGAUGGCACCAUAUGCCCAGCAUGUCCAAAGGUUGGUUAUAGUUCUAGCGUGGUUCUUGUUUGAUUAAAUUAAUGGCAUAGAAUUAAAAUCUGAAUUAAUAUCAAACUAAGUUAAUUUGUUUAUGUAGUAUUAUAAUAGAAGUAAUAGUAUAAAUGUAUAAACCUGGUGCGGGUCCACAACCAGUGUUACUGUAAGUGUUUGUUUUCCAGGCGGAUGGAGAAAUGAUUGUCACAUUGGAUGCCAACUUUGGCCUUGUGAGGAAUCAAAGCUCUGGGACAAGUGCGGUUGAUCCAUUACACAGAACCCGCGUGUUUAGAGGAAUACCUGCUAUCACAUCUUGACAGCUCAAAGCCUC